ACUCCUCUAUCCCCCACCCACAGCCACCACACCCAUCAGUUUUCCGGGGUUUUCUUACCCCUCUCUCUGUUUCUCUGCUCCGUCAAAACACCAGCCGGGAAAUUUUUGGGUAACCCAUCACAACAAAGUCCUCGUCUUGGGUUAAAUUCCGAGGUGGGUUUUUUUUUUCUGAUUUAGAGGACGGGAGGGAGGGGGUUUAAGGAGGGUUUUUUUUUCUGGAUCGAUCGAGAUGUUGGUGACGACGGCGGGUUCGGAUCUCGUCGGCGGUGUUGGCGCCGGCGAUUUCAAGUGGCCGCCUGGGUUUAGGUUCCAUCCGACGGACGAGGAGCUGAUCCUCUAUUACUUGAAGAGGAGGAUCUGUAGGAGGAAACUGAGGCUUAAUGUCAUCUCCGAGCUUGAUGUUUACAAGUGGGAUCCUGAAGAUUUGCCUGGGUUGUCGCUAUUAAAAACUGGAGAUAGGCAGUGGUUCUUCUUCAGCCCUAGAGACCAUAAAUACCCUAAUGGAGGAAGAGGAAAUAGAGGAACUGCACAAGGAUACUGGAAAGCCACUGGGAAAGAUCGUGUCAUCACAUGCAAUUCCCGGAAUGUUGGAGUGAAGAAGACCCUAGUUUUCUAUCGAGGUCGUGCUCCUACCGGUGAGCGAACAGAUUGGGUCAUGCACGAGUACACUUUGGAUGAGGAGGAACUGAAGAGAUGUCCUAAUGUCAAGGACUACUAUGCACUUUACAAAGUUUACAAGAAAAGUGGACCUGGUCCCAAAAACGGUGAGCAAUAUGGAGCUCCGUUCAGAGAGGAAGACUGGGUGGAUGAUGAUAAAGCUGUCGUUUCUGUUCCUGAAGUUCCUGCUAGCAAGAGAAACAACAAAUUACCUCUUCCUGUUUGCAAUGAGAAAGCUGUUUGUCCAGUCGAGCCAUCAUCAGAUGAUCUGUUUGACCUAAUUAGGGAAAUUGUCGAGGAACCCAUACGUGACCAACCACCAGUAGUCAUGGAAUUCUGUCAGCAGUUCCAGGUCGGUGCUGAAGGAGGAGCAGGGAGCACACUGGUUAAUUCCUCUAAAAGAGAUUUCACCAUCCCCAGUCUCAUUGAAGCUUCUUCUGCAAAUGGCCAGCAGUACGACAAUCAGGCUAGCUUUGACUUUGAACGGUCUGAAUCUGAUAUAUCCAAGUUGGAACAGCAUGAGACUCCUGAAGUCACUUCUGCAGCUAACAACCCUGAACAGCUUCUUCUAUUGAGCGAAGGGGAUUUCCUAGAAAUGGAUGAUCUACUUGGGCCAGAACCUACGGAAUCUAACUCCGAAAAUCCAUUGCCAGCUGUUGGUUCCCAUGUCGGGGAACCUGCUGAGAAUUCGCUGUUCGAUGGUCUUGACGGAUUAUCUUCUUUAGAGCUAUAUCAUGAUGCUGCCAUGUUUCUAAGAGACAUGGAGCCUCUUGGCCGGGAUACGAUGUCACAAUCACGGGUAGAUAGUGUGGUUAAUGAAAUGGGUUACCAGUAUCAGCAUUCUGCAGUAAACCAGAUAAAUUGUGAAGCGCAGCUUCAGUUUGAUUACUCUUGGCAACCCGAAUAUACGAUGAAUGAAGUAGACCAGGGCCUGCAAACACAAUCAUGUAAUGGACUCUACUUCAACAAUAAUCUUCAAGGGGGUGAUCUGAAGACCAAUGGUGGACAGAAUUAUGGAGCUAACUCCCAACAAACUUCAGGUACAUAGAUGAAGUUGAACUAAAAAAUCCAAUUCACUUUUGUUUUUCCUCCGUGUGCUUCUUCACUGAGCUGGGGUUUCAAAUGAUAUUGUUCUCCUAGCCAUUCCUUGGAGUGCUAUGGAUCAAGGCUUAUGCCCUCUGACAAUAUCGGGAAACCAGAGCCAGAUUGUUGAGCUCUUCCCGGACAAGUAUGCUUUGUGAUUCUAUCGAACAUUAUCCCGGAGUAAUUCAGAAUCAAGCCGGGAAUACUAAUAAGGAUGAUACUUCUGGCUGGUUCUCUUCCGGGCUGUGGUCUUUUGUCGACUCAAUACCUUUUGAACCUGCAUCAGCUGCCGAGAAGCCUCUAGUAAAUAAGGCUCUGCUGCGGAUGCCAAGCCUAACAAGGUUGAGGAUGAAUGUCGUAAACCCCAACCUAGCAGUUGCUCAAGCUGGCAAUGCUGGCGGUGCUGCAAAUAUGAGGAGGUCAAGGGCGAACAAAGGUCUGGUGGUGUUGUCGUUGUUGGGAGUCUUAAUUGCUGUUUUGUGGGUGUUGAUAGGGAACAUAAAACUCUUCAGUGGUAGAUCAAUAUCGACAUGAAUAAACGUAUGGAAAGAGUGUUGUUUAGGGUUAGGUUCGUCUCAGCAGUAAAUAUUCAUCUUCUAUGGGGGUGUAUGGCUCCAAAAAUUUUGAAGGUGCCUUAGAAGUUGGGGAAGGUACUGCAAAGUUGUAGGGUUGGGUAGGGAAAUGAGAUGAGAUGAAUUUAGGUGACCUGAGCCCUGGUUCUUCUGAAUAUUGGAAUAUCAGUAAGAAUCGUUCAGUACAUGUCUUCCUGAAAGUUUUUCCAAUUUGUACCUGACUACUUGCAAAUUAUCACCUUCCAGGUAGAAUAACAAAACCGAAAUCGAGUUAUUGCAUCCUCUAUUGUUAUGUACAUUGUAUUGCGAUCCAAUAUGUGCAUUUGGU